AUGACAGUGGAUAAAAUAUUCGUGACGCGAUCUUUUACAUAUAUCCCACUCCAAUAUCGAAGAAUAUAUCUCCAUAGAGGAAAAUCCGGUAAGCGGUAUUUAUCCCUAUCUAUAUUUCGAAGCCUCCCCCUCAUGCAGAAGCGGUUUUAUUCCUUAAGCGGUGGGGGGUUAGGUGGUCGAUCACCAUCCUUGGUACGAUUGUCGUCCUUGGGGAUCAGUCGUGCAUUCCUCUCCAAGCCCCACCUGCCAGGUCAUCCAUGUUUGAGCGCCUCCUCAUUUCUUUAUACCACCACGCGGGGCGUGCAGUACGUCCAUUCCAGCGAAACGUUAUCGGGAAUAAACAAAAAGAAGCGGCAGCUCACCACGAAAUGGGUUACCAAGAGUACCAAGGAGUACAUCCAAGAGGUCGACGAUAAGGUUCACCGAGCACCAUCCAUCCCGACAACGCGCUGGGAGAAGCGGCAGGAAAUUUCCGCCAACCGCAAAACCCAAAUUAAGCAAAUUCAGGAGGCGAGUCAGCGCGCGUUUCAGCAGGAGCUGGACCGUUUACAAGAGGACAAAAGUCGGCAAUUUCGAAAAACCUAUAAUUUUUUCAAACGUCAAGGAUGGCCCUUUUUUGUAUUGUAUGUGGCGGCGUACUUCGGUACGUGGUUCGCUCUUUACCUCGGCUUUGCUUCCGGAUUUUUGAAAAAAGAAGCGGCCUUCGACUUUCUGAUUAUCUUAUUGGGGGUAUCCUCCUCUCGAGACCAGUUUUAUGAACGCAUCGAAGCGUGGGACACCUACGUUAAUGUGGGCUUUGGGUUUGUUGUCAACGAAAUGAUUGAGGUAAUCCGCUUUACGAUAGUCUUAGCCGUCUUUUUGGAGUUUAGACCUUUUUUUACUGGAGUCAACAGGUUUGCAAAGCGCUCGAUAUUUCGCAUGGGAGCUUCCGAGUCGUGA